AUGUCGCAUAAAGUAAUUUACGCUCAUGCCACUGGGCAUAAUACUCAACGACCGAAACACAAAAUCCCAAAAUCAAAACGCCGCUGUUCUUUCGUCUCGCCGCUGUUCGGGUGCUUAGGUAUCGCUUUCAAGUUCGCCGAGAUGGACCACGUAGCAAAGGUGCAUGAUCUGGCCGAAGCUUCGAAAUCAAUCUCGACAACCAACCCAGAUUGCUCACCAAUCACCAUGUUUGGCACAGACACGGAUUUUUCCUUCAUUCGAAUCAUACUGGGAACCCAAAGAAUGCUCUUCUUUUUCACAAACCAACCCAGAUUGCACACCAAUCACCGCGUUUGGCACAGACAUGGAUUUUGCCUUCAUUCUAAUCAUAUUAGGUUGGUGGACCGGGAUAUGGAGGCGGGCACUGUGAGAAAGGCGGGUCCUCAUGCGAGGAAUUUGCUGAGAGUGAAGAGUAGGAUUGAUAUGGUGAAGGUGCUGUUUGAGCAGAUUAUAGUCACCAAGUAUGUUCCAUUGCUUCAACUGGUUUAUAAAGUUUAA